UUUUGGUUCCAAAAAGAUGGCGGACCCUUGUUUUCAAGCUCGGUCAUAUAGAAAUGCGAUAGUUUUGAAAUACGCAGCGAAAGUUGACAUGUUGUGUACACAAUAAUGCUGAGUGCGUGAAAUUAUUAUACGAUAGAUUUAUGUUCAAUAUCUAAACAGUUUCUUUAAGCAUCAUAAGUGCAUAAAAGCGGUGUCUUCAGCGUGCGGAUUAUACGAACUCCAGUUCGAGUGAUUUUUUGAAAUUUUUGUUAUUUUCUGUGCGAAACACCGGCUGAGAAACUAAAAGAUUGCAUUGUGGUUCAAAGAGUAAAAUGAUUUCACCCUGAUGAAUGUUUACGUGGUUCAAUACCCCAAGAAUUGACAUACUAGCAACAGUACUUGGUUAGGUUGAUUGACUAGGUAGACAUUAUACCUAUGAUAUCCGAACAACGUUCCACGUGUUCCUCUCGGUGGUUCACGUUAAAACGUGAUAUUGUAUCAAGUUCUUAAGAAGCAUAUUAAAUGAAUUAUUUUAAUCCAUAAUGGCUACAAGUGAUUUUGAUGUGGAGCUCUUUGAGCGAAGACUUCAUACACUGAAGGAUUCGCAGGAGUCAAUACAAGGUCUUUCAGCUUGGUGCUUGGAAAGGCGACAGCAUCAUAAGAAAAUUGUUGCUACUUGGUUGCAAGUACUAAAGAAGGUGAAAGUUGAGCAUCGCCUGACACUUUUUUAUUUGGCAAAUGAUGUGAUCCAAUAUUCCAAGAGAAAAAAUUUUGAAUUCGUGGAAUCAUGGGGUACAACUUUACAAAGAGCAACAACAAUGGUUAGAGAUGAGAAAGUGAAACACCGUAUAUUAAGGAUUUUUAAAAUAUGGGAUCAACGGCAAGUAUACGACGAGGAGUUCCUGGCGGAUCUGUCAGGACUAAUUUCUGCAGCUCCAAAGAAGAAAUUAGAUCCUCAACCAUCGGUUCCACCAGAAGAAUUUCAAGCUGCUUUACUUAUCUCUACUAUGAGAUCAUGUGCUACAUUAGAACAAGCAACUGAUGCCAGAUUAAGAGAUUUACGUGAAAGUAAUAUAGACAUAGAGAAUGCAGAAGAAUUGUGCGCUUCUUUAAAAGAUAGAAGAAGGGUAGAAGAUGCAGAGAAAGAGGUGGAUUUGGCAGUGAGAAAUGUUGAAAAUUACGUUCGUGCGUUAGAAGCUGAAAUCAGAGAAAGGACACAAGUUCUUGAAUUGCUGGAACAGGCUGAUCAGUUUUAUGAAACUCAAAGAGGUGAAGUGAAAAUAGUUACGAACGCUUAUCGAAAUUUCGGGAGUCGUGUAAAGAAUUUAAAGAAGAAGCUGGAUGAACUUCUACCGACGUUAGUUUCUCCAAUUCCAUCGCCAGACAUAAAUGCCCCAUCUCCAAGUCCUGACAGUGACAUAGAACUUCCAGGAGAUGAAAAUCAAACUCAAAAUCAGUUAGGAAUGAUAGAUGUAGCACCACCGUCUAUGUAUGGUUCAUAUUCACACGAAUACGAUCCUGUCCCUGUACCAGCCCCUGAAUUAAGUCAAGGCAAUGAUUCUGGUGAUUUUACUAAUAAUUUCUCAUCCUUUAUGGGAGGAAAUAUGGAUUUUGGUAAUAUGAGGAACAUAUUCAAUGAAAGGUCGUCGACGCCUACUGGAAUGUCACAACCGUAUAACGAUUCGAUAGAGGCUAAACCGAUAGAGGUAAUCAACAUGAGGCCCUCGAAAAACGAAAGUAGCGGAGUCGACUUUAAUAUCUCUAGUUUCUUAAAGACUGUUCUUCCCUCUUCCGACGGAACGCAAGAUUCUGGCGGGAUUCCUGGCCUUGGUUUAGAUAUUCCCGAAUCGCAAGUGGAAUCUCCGCAACGUUCAACUUACAGGCAUUCACCUGUAUUAGGACAGCAUCCUGUAACCCCGGUGAUCUCGAGAAUGAUGGGUAAUCAGAGUGCGCCCAUAGGUGUGCCUAAUUGCCAGAUAAGUCACAGUACUCCCUUACCUGUCCGGAACUUGUCUGCUGAAUCGCAUACACCGUCACCAUACUCCAGUCAGAACAGUCAGAGUAAUAUAACCGUACCUUUCGAUGGGCCUACUAAUAAUAAUACCGUUAAUCCUUUACCACCUCCGCCCUUACCUCCGCCUAUUUUUCUCGACGAUGAAAAUUGUUAUAACAAAUUGCCACCCAAGUUUCCUACGUGGACACCGCCAAGUGAACCCAUCAAGGAACCAGCCAAGUGGGAAGAAAAGGGGCUUGGUGUGUUUGCAGGGAAAAAUAGUAUGAAUCCAACUUGGCCCGGUGAAUGCGACGAAAAACCAAAGGUAUGGAUGGACGGAGAUCCGGACAGAUGGAACUCUAACAAUGAUUCUACGUGGGUCGGACCGGUUAGAAGGAAAAACGAGAUUUUAUCUGAAACACCAGAAUCACCGCCUAUCUAUGAAAAAAGUGGCUUCACAGAUCCAGUGGAGUACGACGACUCUCAACCACAAGAAUCUCUUUUAAGUACUGCCGGGGACGUUGAUCAUAGAGUGAUACCUAUUCCGAUGACGAUCGAAAAUCAAUUACCGUAUCGUUUGAUGAAAGCAGCUGACGUCGAUCAUCGUAAUUUGAUCAGUUUGACCGGAAGUCCGGCGAAUCAUAACGUCAAUGACGCUUCUAUGAACGUGUUGUCUAACGCUAAUAAUUUAUGGUCAACGGGGGAUCAGGAUUAUAGGCAACACAUGCAACCUGGCGAUAUCGUGGAAAGCGUAGAUAUGGAGAUGUCGGACGACGAGACCGACAGUAAACCAAAGGGAAGGGUAUUGGUUGACGUGAGAUCGCAGGAUAGGGAUAUGAGAGUUAAUAACCAGGUAGCAUCGUCGCAGCACAUGGAUAUGGAUAUGCGUAUGAUACCGCUUCCACCUACCGGGCAACUGCCAGGAUCGCACGGACAGAUGAUGCAGGACGUACACAUGAUGCAUCAAGGACCCCCUCCACCUCCACCACCGCCACCACAGUUUCACCCAGGUCAACCUUUUCACCAAGACCAGACAGACUUUCGUCGCAAUCCUUCGACAGACUUUCAUCCAGCCCAGUCGAACUUCCAUCAAAACAGGCCACCGCCUAAUUUUCUACAAAAUCAGCAGGAUUUCAGCCCUCAGGAGUUCCAUCAGAUGCAUCAAAAUCAGCCUGACUUUCCGCAACAGGACUUCGAGUAUCGUGAUAAUCAUAAUCUGCGAUCAAAUCAAGAGUUCCUCGGCGAGCCACAAAUGCGCGGCAGGUACUCGCAGUCGUCCGAGCAUCAACACCGUGACAUGCCCUUCCAUCGGAACGACCGAGGAGGUCGCGGUGGUCGAGGAUUCCCUAGGAACCGACGGGACAGAUACUCCGACGAUCACAAGCAGAGGAACAUGCAGAAUAAUCGUAAAUCACGAUCGCAGGAUCAUCACAGAUCAUCGCCAGAGAUUUUGCCGAACAGUCGACCUUUGUUGCUGCAAGCACCCGACACCGUGGUGAUACUCGACGAAGAAGGUAUGCCGAUCGGGCUUCCAACCGAGAAGGAGAUCUUAGCAAACUUGGAGCAUCCAACGGAUACGGAGCAGGAUGACAAUUGUCAGUCGAUGUCUCAGCAAGCUCGUAAAUUAUCUCAUGGUACGCCAAAUUCUUGCGAUCUCGAGCAACAACAGCCCGUUUAUUCGAGCGGAUCGGAUCUCGUUCACGAACACGAAUCCGAGCCCCCGUCCAUGGACCCGGACGAACAACAACCGAAUCAAAUAAACAUUUUACCAGCGCUGACGGAUCCGAAAGAUUCUCAACGCAAUCAGUACGUUCCUGUAGCGGAAUACGAGGAACAAGUAGAAUCCGAACCUGUAAUAUCGGAUAAGACUUGCGACGGUAACGAGUCUCUCGAAGAUCCUGGACAGGAGAUGAACUUCACCGAACAGCCUCACCAUACGACGGAUCAGUUGGACGAGCUCGUUGGUACCGCGGCAAGUAACGAUCUGAAGAGAACGUCGACCAACGGGAAUUUCGACGAGGACGACAACGUUAGUUCCUGCAAAAAGCGAAUGACCAUGUCGAACGGUCCUCAGACGGCAACCGAAUCCGAUUCCGGAUUGAACGGACCGAUACCACAGGCUUCCGGUGAUCACUCAGCCGUGUACGAUUUCGACGCACCUGUCGGACCGAAUUUCCGACCUCGUCUCGGUGGUCCUGUUCCAUUCCCUCCAUGGAGAGGUGGUCUACCACGGGGUAGAGGUUUCAGAGGUGGACCCAGAGCUCCUUGGAUGGAUAGAGGGCCUCGUGGACCGUCCCUUGGCAAUUUCAUACCGAGAGGAUUGAAACGCGGUGGACAAUUCAGGGGUAAUGGUUUUCGUGGUCGAGGAAGGGGUAACAGUUGGUAGAGAGGGUUUACGAGGUUCACCUGUUUUUUUGGUUCUCUCUAAGGAAAUUUUUAUCAACAAAGAAAGAGAUUUGCAUCGCUUUUGACGAUCGUUUUUGUAUCCUGUACAUAUUAUAAUACGUAUUUACUAAACGUCGAACAUGUUCCGACAAUUAUACCGCGUGCAUCUCUCGACGAUAGAGGGGCAGAAAGUGAUCGCUUGAUAGCGGGAUCUUCCUUGUCGAAGAUGUUCGUGUCUCUGUGCGAUUGACUCGCCUAUAUACAUAUAUAAAUAUAUAGAUAUAUAAAGGACAUAACACGUAAAAAACAGACACACAAGAACAUACAAUCUCUUUCUCUCUCUAUCUAUCUCUGGAGGUAAUUAACUUCACAAUAUAACACACCGUAACACGUUUGUUAAGAUCUAGAUGUAUUAUUGAAGCGGCGCCUAAAAACUAUCAUCGAUAGAAUUACUCAUUGAAUAACUAUUGUAAAAGCAGAAGCGAGAGGUAUCGUUUCGCGGCUGUCGCUUCGGUAAUUAAUCAACACACGUUACUCUUAUAGGAUUUUAUUGUAAGGCAAUGAAACUUCUGUUUUACUUAUGCGUUUAACGAGUACAAGCAAAAGAAAGAAAACUAUUUAUCGUCAGCCGAGUUGACCUGUGAAAGUAAUUCGUUUCGGCGAGUUCAAUGAUCUGAGACACCGCGUUACAGGGGUGGUGAAAAGCAUGUAAAAAGAUGAAAGAGAAAGAGAGUAAACUCGAAGGUCGUCAGAAUUCGUUUCACGGGUCGCUAAUUUGUUCACUUGCCUCUGACACGUUUAAUAUACACAUACGCUAUAACUGCCUGUUUCAUUUCUCGUCCGGGGCUCUUUAUUAUAAACAGGCAUGUCAACGAAUCAUUCGAGAUAAGUGUAUUGUAAUAAAAAUGCAAUGUUUAUGUUAUAGUCCGCUUGGUACAUUUCCCCCAAUGUUUUAUGUUAUUCGAAGCUCAUAGUUAUUCACACGCGGGCGUUUAGUUCUCUGAACGAGAUCGGCGAACGAAUCGAAGGAGUAGCAAUUAAAAAUAAUGAUUCUAUAGACAAGAGAGCCUUGUACGACGAUUCCAUAGAGUUUCAUUUUCUUUAUUCCAUUGCGAGAGAAGAAGGGCGAAUGUAAAAGAGUUCCGUUGGCGAUGAUGCGUUUGCUCGGUUAACUCGUUUUCCCUUUUUCUUCUAUUUCCUUUUUCAUUUUAUCGUUUCGCUCGGUGCGUUUCAUUUACAUACACAAACGUUUCUGUAUCGUGAACAUUGUAAAACCUGUACAUAAUUCGACGCAUUAUAAAAUAAUGUAAACGCGAUUCCCCCGGUUCUUUAAGAUUUUUCAAAAUAGACGUCGACCCUCGAUCGUCGAGUAGUUUCUAGUGGUACUUUAGCUUGAAAAAAAAAAAGAAAAGAAAAUCGUUUAAUCUUGUUAAGCGAACACUGCGAGCAGACGAAUCGUCGCCAAGAUAACUUAUUGUAGAUAAUGGACAUUAGCGAAGCGCACAGGAAAUUAAAGUGUAGCAAGACAAAUCCUUGGAAAACAAUUAAUUGUUUAAUAAAACAUUGCAAUCUACCGAGGACCCUUGCCAACGCUCGUUCGAAAAAACCCCGUUUUUGAUUGUACACUGUAUAUUUCUUUUCUGAAACCCAUUUGUUUCAACCCUUUAAAGCAUUCCGAUCUCUCGCAAGGGUUUCGUUUCCUCUCCGCCCGGAGGAACUGAAGCCUCGUUGUCUGUUUGAAUUUUAUUUAUGGAUAAAAUGGGAACAUUUUGUGAUAUCCAUAGAUCCUUUUCCGCCUGUGUACGAUGUUCUUUUUUUUUUUUUCUUUGUUUGUUUUUUUAAUUACUUCACGAAUCAAUAUCGUGUCAAUCCAUUUCGAUGCAUUUUGUUUUUUUAUUCGCAGACUCGAAGUAUUUCUAGACUCCUAGAUUAUCUAUGAUCUUGUGCAUCUAUAAAUACUUUGUUCCAUCAACGACUGUGUUCAUUUUUUCUUUUCUCUUAGGAAAUCAAAGAUAGAAAGCGUUACUGGAAGAUUGAGAAAUCUCUAUCAUUGUGCUUUUCUUUUUAAUGAGAUCUAAGUUUUCUUUCUUUCCAUAGAUCCAUGGCGUUUUUUUCGCUAAAAAAAAAAAAAAAAAGAGAAAGAAAACAUCUUUAAAAUUGAAUUUUAGUUUCUUAUUUCAAAGUGCGAAUGACUUUAUACAAAGGAAGCUUGUUCGUUUUCUUCUUUAAUUUUUGAUUCAUUGAUUUCUUCACCAACCACCAUCACCUGGAAUACGUUGUUAACGAGCAUCUUUCUUUAUUAUUAAUUAUCUCGUAGACGAAGUCUGUUAGAAGAGAAUGAAAUUUAUCGAUUCGACGAGCAAUUCAAGCUGCAGGCAACGGGAUACAAGUUCGUCGUUCGAAUUUUCAUCUAUCGUCUCAUUUUCCGAAUGCUUUAAAGGGCGAAGUCGCGCGGACCUCAAAGAGCGUCGAGCGUGGAUCGUUUCGUUACAGGCACAGAUUGAUUUGUAACACGAAUGCGAGCUUGUAGAAUGUAUAAAUACGCAUUGUACAGUGUUCAACGUUAUCGUUUUCCUCUUUUUUUUUUUAUAUUCUUCACGAGGGAGAGACCGACUCCUUGUUAAGUUCCUCCCUCUUCGUGCUUUCUUUCUACGACCCUUUUCUUUUUGUGUAAUCAUAUGAUCGACAACAAAGGAAACUGAAUAAAAUAUACUCGCGUGGAAA